AUGACUCUUACUGUUGGAAAGGCUGGUCCUGCAUCGGACUUUCGAAAAUUUAUGGAGAAAAGAUUGCAAGUGUAUCUAAAUGGCAACAGACAAAUAGUCGGAGUACUGAGGGGCUACGACACAUUCAUGAAUUUAGUCUUAGAUAAUACAAUAGAAAUAAAGAAGGAAGAACAAAUUGAUAUUGGUAUUGUCGUGAUCCGUGGAAACAGCAUAUGCUAUUGGGAAUGCCUAGACAGAGUUGACAUCAAAUGA